UUAACGUAUCAAGUAACAACACAAAUAUUUCUAUUUUCUUUCAUCAGUAUAUUAUCUUUUGAUCAGAAGAUAUCAGAUAAAGUCUGAUCUGAAAUUGUUAUAAAAAUUGUUUCAUAACGAAUCCUAUACUCAAUUUGGGCUCAUGGUUCAUGUGGUGGUAUUGAAUGUAUUAUUAGGAUGCAAUUGUCUCAUAAAAUAUUCAGACGACCAAUAAUAGGUAAAAGGUAGAUAAAGGAGAGUGCGGCCAAUCCAUAUCGUGCCUAACUUGGAAAAGAAGAAGUGGCUUUAAUCAGUAUCUCAAUUAGUUAAAUCCUUAAUUGCAGCAUAAUUGGCUCUAAAUUAAUGAACGAGACCACGUGGGAAAAAAUAAGAACAAGAUUCACGAAAUAAGAACAUUUGCAUAUUAAAAUAUACAUAUUAUUAGCGUGUAAGAUAAGGCUCAUGGACAGAUAAAUUGGGGAGAGUAAGUGCUCACUAAGACGACAAGAGAGAAGAAGAAGACACAGAUAAGUAAAGUGCGAUGAGCUCGGUAGAAAAAGCGGUGGCGGUAGAGGAUGGAGAGUGGCGGCGACGACGGUUUGGGCCGAAACAAGGGAGUGUUAUCCCAAAAGAGAGGAAAUUAGUGAAGAAAAUGAUCUUGGAGGCUCUUCUUCCAUCUCGACCUUCUUUCAACUCCAACCAGAAAGUCGAGCCAGCGCGUAUCAAGCGGCUGCAGUCCACUCUCCGGUAGCCUUCAAGUGAUGUUUUGUGGAGUACCUUAGAAACUAUUUGGAUCGAAAACUAUAACCAGUUAAAGUAGUAUUUUCCCCUAAUAUGUUGUUUGUCUCUCUUGUAACAUAGUUCGUGUGUUCUUUGGCUUCUUUGAGAAAAGUAUAGAUGCGUGUGUUGUUAAUUUUGCUACUUUCUUUGUGUAUCCGUGUUAAUUUGAGAUCUAUAACAUGCUACUUAUAUAUAUCAUUUAAGAUGCAUAUCUUUAUAUAUUGUUUUCAUUCAAACUGAAGUUAGAAAAUAUUUAUAAGCUUCAAACGCUAUAAACUACAAAACCAAUGGAUGGGUCACUUUUUCUAACUGAUGGUUCAUAACAUUUUUUUUUGCUAAAAAUGGUUCAUAACAUUUUUAAACCACAACACGUUAAAAUAAAAAAAAAACUUGAACAAGUAAACCAAGAAAACAUUUGUUCAAUUAGUAAUUGGUUGGCUUAUUAACUGUUUAGUGUAAGCCUUGAAUUGACAAAUAGAUAAGUAGCGGUGAAAUAAAUUUAUAUACAAAAUGAAAGGUGAUGUCCUCGUGGUAGUCUCUUCGGAAGUGAUAAGAACGAACCGUACAAGAUUAGUUUCACAUCUACAAACAAUAUCAUUUAAAAUCGACAGAAAGACAGGACAGAAUCUAAUAUGGUGCAUCAAAAUGACAAGAUUUAUGCAUAUGCCAUAUUGACUCUACUGCUUGGUUGAAACUUGAAAGACUAUGGCCUGGACUCUCAACUCUGGAUCCACAACCAUCGUCACACUUCUAGUUGUUUAACACACAUAUAUAUAGCUCAGUUACAAUAUUGUAAUUGAUGUCGUAAAUAGUAACACCCGUAUUUUCUAAAAUAAAUAAUAAAAAUAAUAAUUAUGAAAUCUGCAUUUAUUACUCCUCAAAAGUAAACUCCAAAGUCGUAAUCCAAUAAAUAACCACAAAUGCAAUAAAUCUCAAAAAUAUCGAUAAAAUGAUAAAAACCAAGAAGUCUGUAAAAGCACCAAUCCGAUAGCAAUCACUCAUGUCCGUCAGACUCACCUGAAAAGGGAAGAAAAGAGAGGUAAAUAACAAGGGAGUCACCCAGUGAGAUAUGUGAUGCUAGACACGCAAACCACUGACUAAGUAAAUAGAACUCCCACUAUGGAAGUUUAGCUCUAACAUGAACAAACACGAUGCCUAACACAUCCCACAAAACAAACAAUGCACUCAUGGUACAUAGCUAGACCACACACCCCACAUUUUCCUCAUACGGAUAUACGAUAAUAUAAUAUGUGUUGCCAGUCCAGACAUCUCUGGACCCUCGCACUUCACCACAAUGCGUCGAUAUGCAAACGUCUCUGCACCCCGCACCACACAAUAUACAACGCUAGCUCAUACGUCUCUAGCCCCCGUACUCAUCCAAUAUGCGUUGCUAGCUCAGAUGUCUCUGUGCCCCCGCACUCUAUACGUCGCAAGCUCGGAAUUCUCUGGGCCCCCGUACUCAUAUGCGUCGCUAGCCCAGAUCUCUCUGGACCCCCGCACUCAUCACAUAGUCCCUACUAUAUAACUAUAUAUAUGUACAUCAUCACUUACCAUCAAACAAUCUAAACAACAGUUGAAUCAUCUAUACUCUUAAUUCCAGUUAACAAUGAAUAAACUAACUACCAAACAAGACUCAGACAGACUCAAUUCAAAGAGACGGGUCAUGCUUCGAAAUCUAAACUAUCAUAGAAAGAUUUUUACACUAGUACGGGAUUUAACGGAAUAGCCCUCACCUUAGCAACUGGCUGGAAUGAUCAACAGAAGAUGGUCAACUGAGGUCAGCUGCAACACGAGAAUCAACAGCUUAGGCUCAGAGUCUCAGGAAAUAAAAUUCCCAUAAAUGGAAACUUUCUUAAAAUAGUAACUUUCCCUAAAUAGAAACUUUCCUAAAAUAAAACUUUCCUAAAAUAGAACUUCCCUAAUAUAACUCCAUUCCUAGAAUAGGAAUGUUCCCUAAAUAUAUUCCUAUAGCUAGAAAUAGGAGGUGACAAAAUUACCAGAAAAACCUGCCGGAAGCUCGCCCGAAAACUUCACCGGAAAAAUUUCACUGGUGAUUGAUCGUCGGAUAAUUCAACAACAACUCGUCACACAUAACGAAAUGCUUUGACUUGAUGAGAAUAAAUAGAAGAGAUUGAGUUUCUUAUAUAGGAGAAAAGAAGGGAUGUAGAAUUAGGCUUUCAUUUUUAAUAAAGGCCAAAAGGAGAAAAAUCAGGGUCGUUACAAUUCUUCCCCAGUAACAAGGAAUUCGUCCCCAAAUUCAAAAUGGAACCCGGAAAAUAUUCAACGGCUACGAAAGGAAGAAGAACACAAUAUGAAAAAUAAAGGAAUUGAACAAAAACUUGGUCAUCUCCUGCAAAAGAAAACAAAAAUGAGAAAUGCUAACAACUAACCGAAUGAUAUUGGACAAAAUGGCAUCAUUUUUUUUUCUUCCAAAAACCCCCAAUCCCGAAAACUUUAAAAAUCGAUGAAACCCGAGUCCCAUAAAUUGCCAUCCCGGCUCAGAGCCGGGACGGAACCCCGCUAUGAUACCAUAUUUUAACACCCGUAUUUUAUAAAAUAAAUAAUAAAAAUAAUAAUCCUGAAAUCUCCAUUUAUUACUCCUCAAAAGUAAACUCCAAAGUCGUAAAUCCAAUAAAUAACCAUAAAUGCAAUAAAUUUUAAAAAUAUCGAUAAAAGGAUAAAAACCAGAAGUCUAAAAAAGAAAGAAAUAAAACGCCGAAAAGCACAAAUCCGAUAGCAAUCACUCGUGUCCGUCAGUCUCACGUGAAAGGGGAAGAAAGAAUGGUGAGUAACAGGAGAUUCACUCAGUGAGGUAUAUAUUGUUAGACACGCAAACCACUGACUAAGUAAAUAGAACUCUCACUAUGGAAGUUUAGCUCUAACAUGAAAAACA